UCCGGACUUCCGGGGAGGUGAUCGCACGCAGAGUCUCUGGAAAAUCAUCGCCGCCUGCUUUUCCUGGGGAUUCCCCAGCGGGGCAGCGGAAUAUCCAGGAGCAGAACUGGUUUACAACCUCUGAUAACCUCUAAAAAACACGACAGAGGUGUUUCGAGUGAACGAAAAUCUUGAGAGAGGAAGGGGAUCCGUGAACAUCGUUCGCUGUAUGCUAAUCGUGUAUACUGUACACGAGUGAUUGUCACUGAUUGUCGGAAAGCCGAUCGUGGCAAUAAUAAAUUGCUACGACAAAUGCACUUCGCGAGACACUGCAUUGCGGACCGACGUUUCUGUGAUGGUUACAGCCGUGGCCCGUGACAACAACGGUUUCGUCGAGUCGAGAUAGUACAAAGUACAAGGCACGCUGCACAGCUGUGCCUCGACACGAUAAUCACAAUAUCCGUUUAAAUAAAGGGAGGAGAAAGGGAAUUCAAGAUGACAAUCGAUUUGUCAGAUGUGCCGCUUGUUGCAGCCACUGUUGCGACCAGACAAAUCGUCGCAACUAUGCUGAACCCCAUGAAAGUUUUACCAAGCGACAACGGUUUGCCAAGGGACUGGAGAGGCCUGGCGCAUCUGUUGGAGCUCAGCAUGGAUGUCGUGUCAUUACUGACGUCACAUUCUGAUCCGACUAUGCACAUGUUUACAAUGUUGGACAAAAACAAAAAGGAUAUCACAAUGAAAAAUUUUCAAGCAAUUAUGGAACAGAUGGACAGAUGGGAUAUUAUUGACGACACUGAAGCUUUGUUCCAAAGUGAUGCUGAGAGGUAUUUGGAGCAUCGGCAAAGAGCGCAAGUGUCAGCAGAUCCGAUAGACGAAUGUGAUGAGGAAAUACUUACAUUAGGUGAUAUUCAUAGAUCACGACAAGGUUUAAAAACACAAUAUUAUGAUGCAUUCCUUCUGUACGUAGAAGAGGAUAAUGAUUUUGCGAAGGAAAUGGUAGAGAAACUUGAGACACAAUUCAACUUGAAGCUGUGUUUGAAGGAUCGAGAUUUAGUCGCUGGUGUACAAUUCGAGCAUGACGCAGUAAUGAAGUUAAUAUCCGACCGAUGUAAUAGAUUGCUCGUUAUAGUAUCACCGAGCUUUCUGAAAAGCUCAGCAAACAAGUUUUUCUUGAACUAUACUACAGCCUUAAGUAUUGAAAAACGACAGCGAAAAAUUAUACCAUGUAUAUACAAAAGCUGUGAAUUGCCAGUUCAAUUGAGAUAUAUAUAUAAUUUGGAUUAUAACCAUAAAGGAUUAUAUGAUUUUUGGGGCAAAUUACGUGAUUCUAUACAAGUUCCAAAUUCUAUUGCCAGAAGCAGUUUAACUAAAAUAGGAAAUAGAGAGGAAACACAAGAAACUACAGAAGUAAAGAAAAUUUUAUUCGAUAAAUACAGUGAUAUAGCGCACAUUACUGAAGAAGCAAAUGAAGCAUUGAAAUAUCCACGACAGAAGAGUGAAAAUUGUAAAAGUGAAACUAUCGCGAAAGAAAAUAAUAUAAAAACUUUAAAUGUCAAUAGUAAAAAGAAGAAGACGUUAUUUCGAUGGGAAAAAAUUACUUCAAAUCGGAAGACGAAGCAAACAAAGCAAAAUGAUCAGUUAACUACAAAGACAAUUGUACAAAACCUGCCAUCGAUAGAUAAUUUAGACAGUUUAGAUUUAUCAGAUACUCAUACAUACAAGAACAAAAAGAAAAAUUUAUUUAGCAAAUUCACAAAGAAAAGAGUUGCUUUAAAGGUCUGAUGACAAUCUUAAUUUGCACAAAGGGUUGUAUAGGAAAUUUUGUUUUAUAUAUUUUUAUGUCUACAGAAGGAGGAAGUAUGUUUAAACGUUUACGAGAUACAAUAAAUAGGAAGAUACGUACAAAAAUGAGUUUUACACGACAAUCGCACAUGUUACUCUAGAAGGUUGUGAAGUUAAGAAUAGUUUAUUAGUGACAAAUGAUAUAAAUGCAUUAUAUGCUAUUUUUCCGAGAUUAUCGACCUAAAUAUGAUAUUAUAGUAUUGGAGUUAUCUGCGAAAUUAGUAAAGAAUUUAUAUAUAUAAAUUGUAAUAUAAUGUUUU